AUGAAGCUGCUGCUGCUAGAGCUCCAAACGGCCGCGGCCGUCUGCGUUGUCGACGUGGCCAGCGACGUGACGCGCGUCCUUAUCGACGUGUCACAGAUGCAGCUCGCAGACCAUAAUAUAAGCAAGAUGGACAAGAAGCAGCGACUGGUGUACUCCAUCCUCGACUUCCUCGGCACAUCGCUCGACGAUGGGUCCAUCAAGGAUGACGACAGGGAGGGGAUCGAGGUAGCCAUGCAAUGCAUCGGUGAAGCCUUCUCUGUUGACCCGAGCGACGCUGCGCAAGAGGCAAAGUACUCGAUCAAGCCUGCCAGUCUCCUCCAGGUGCUCGAGAUCUACACGAGGCAGCUCGAUAAGACAAAGGGCUCUGCGGCAUCGUCAGGUGCCACGUCCACGUCUGGGUCUGCUACCGCUGCCGCCUCUGCGGCACCGGCCAGUACACCUGCCAGCAAGGCGCCCGUCGUCGACAAGGCGAAAGCAGACGAGCUCAAGACGAAGGGCAAUCAAGCUAUGGCUCAGAAGCAGUACGAUCAGGCCAUCAUUGCUUACUCUGAUGCUAUCAACAUCGAUGGUACGAACCCGGUGUACUAUUCGAACAGAGCAGCGGCGUACUCGAACAAGAGCAUGUUCGACGAAGCCAUCGAGGAUGCAACAAAGGCGAGCACGCUGGAUCCCACUUUCUCGAAAGCCUACUCCCGUCUUGGUCACGCUCUCUAUUCCUCUGGUCGAUUUGCCGAGGCAGUGGAGGCCUACGAAAGCGGCCUCAAGCUCGAUCCUAGCAAUGCAACAAUGGCGAACAGUCUGCAAGUCGCAAAAAGCAAAGUUGCUAGCGAGCCUGCAGGCUAUGCACAAGAAGAUGAGGAUGACAUCUCAGCGACUGCUCCCGCUGCCCGAGCUGGCGCGCCAAAUGGUAUGCCUGACCUGAGCGCCCUGCUCGGUGGCAUGGGUGGCGGCGGAGGCAUGCCGGAUAUUGCCAGCAUGAUGCAAAACCCGAUGAUGGCGCAAAUGGCCCAACGGAUGAUGUCUGAUCCGGCAGCACUGCAGAACCUCAUGAGCAAUCCCAUGAUUGCCAACAUGGCACGACAAUUUGGCGGCGGUGGCGGCAGCGGGGGUGCGCCUGGGGGCGGCAUGCCUGACAUGGCAGCCAUGAUGAACGAUCCCACUAUUCGCCGGAUGGCAGAGCAGUUCGGCAGAGGAGCUGGCCGCGGCGCGGGCGGUGGUUCGGCCGGCAGUAGUAAUUCAGACAACAUGUACUCGUGA